CGAUGGGUUCCCAUACCAUAAAUGAGUUGCUCGGCGAGUAGGAGAGAGUGGCAGUAAGCAACAGGUAUACGCCAUGCAAAGCUGCUAAUACAAGGUUAUAACCUAACAACUGAAUACAUAAGAUCGUUAGAUUUUUAAUUCUCUGUCAUAAAACCAAUACCCUUUAAUUUUAUGGUCACGAUUACCUAGUCAUCAAACUUUUAAAAGCCACCAACGGGUCUACUAAUUGAAUAUGUACAUAUUGGAUGUGACCCAUUUGUAUACAAAAUUCAGAAACAUUCAUUUAUUGAAUAAGUCAACCAAUUUCCUAUAACAAUAGUAUAUAAAAUUUAACUUAUAAUUAAAAUAGUAUCAGUAUUUUAACAAAUUUUCUUACUGAAUAUAAUAUUUCGAAAUCAAAUUAUAUAAAACUGAAUUUUCGAAAUAUUCGGUCGGUUAUUAAAAGUCGAUCCGAAACGAAUACGAAUAUUCGUUUCCGAUACAUCCGGUAACACCAAUCAGCUGUCAGUUUUUACGCGAAUAUUCUCGAUUUUGAUUUUGUCUGUCAACAGCCACACGGAACGUGAUUUGAUAGAAAACUGCUCUGCCUCUGAAUUUGGCGAAACCAACUGCUCGGAGAAAUUUUUUUAACGUUGUAUUGAAUAAAUAUUUAGUGUUUAACUAAUUUAGUAAAUUGUUUAGUGAAUAAAAAAAUGGCAAAGUGGGGUGAAGGUGAUCCACGUUGGAUUGUUGAAGAACGCCCUGACGCAACGAAUGUCAACAAUUGGCAUUGGACUGAAAAAAAUGCUACACCUUGGUCUAAGGACCGUUUAGCACAAUUAUUUCAAGGACUUAAGAUUGGAAAAGAUGGAAUCGAAUGUAUUGUAGAUAAUGUUGACGAUUGCGCUGGUGAAGCUACAGUUAACAAUCGUAAAGGGAAACUCAUAUUUUUCUACGAAUGGAAAUUGGUACUAAAAUGGACUGGAAAAUUAUUAAAUAAUAGCAAAUUAGAGCAUAAAGGUAAAAUAACUAUACCGAAUUUGUCCGAAGAAAACGAUUUAGAUGAUAUAGAAAUAACCAUUACCAUUGAUGAGUCCAACGAUGAAUCAGAAAACCUGAAACAGUUCAUGUAUAAUAUUGGACGAGACGUUGUACGGAAACAGAUCGAGUUGUAUAUCAAGGAAUUAAAAGAGGAAUAUUCCAAAAAUUUAAUACUUCCUAAGAAGGGCGAAGAAAAUACCGUAGCCUCUCCAAAGAUUAAACAAGCUGGUUCCAGUAUAGCAGCGGAAGCUAAUUUAUCGAAUAGUGCAAAAACAGUGAAAGCCAGUGAUAAAUCAGCGAAUAAUGUUGGCUGUAAGUUAGACGUAAGGACAUUAAGAAUGGCUGUUGAGUUCAAUUGUAGUGCGAACGACUUAUAUAACGCCUUGACAAAAGUGGAUAUGUUAACUGCUUUCACUCGUGCACCAGUUAAAAUAGUGCCAACGCGCGGUGGAGAAUUCGUUUUGUAUGGCGGCAAUGUGCUCGGUAAGUUCGAAGAACUGGUACCGGAAAAGAAAAUCCAACAAACUUGGCGACUUAAAAACUGGCCCUCAGGUCACUACUCCCAGGUUGUGAUAGACUUGGAUGAGACGAAAAACAACACCCAAUUGAAGCUAACACAAACUGGCAUUCCUGCGUCCGAAUAUGAUGCUAUGACCACAAAUUGGCACCGUUACUACUGGGAGAGCAUUAAGCAAACGUUUGGCUUUGGCUUAUCUAUAUCGGGUUUGUGGUAAAACUAGUUAGUUGUGUUAGGCGUUUGGUAGUAUAAAAAAAACAUGUAAACAAAAACCUCAUUGCCCAUAGACGUAUAUAUAUGAAUAUGUAUAUUGAAUGAGCAACAGCAACAUAAAAACAACACAAAAGCUGCACUCUUAUAGGUUAUUUAAAUAAAUAUAUUCCGUUUAUAAUUUAUAAACGCUUUAGAACAGGCAAGUUUCGAGUGUGCUUGGUGACGGCUUCAACUAUUUAUAUCUGGUCGUCCCUGUUUCUUACGCAAAAUAUAAAACAACAAUGGGGAAAAUUGCUUAAUUUCAAUGCAUAUACUAAUCUUUGGAUAAAAAAAGUUUGAACAAAGUAAUUAAAUCAAUGUAUAAUAUAUUUUAACUUGGGCACAUGUAUUAAAUAUCUCGAUUUGUAUAUUUUAUUUGAGAAAUUAGCUUGUCGAUGUAAUUUCUGAAAACAAAAAGUCGCAAAUAAACGAAAGAUCUGGCCACAGUUUGAAGGCAAUAUAUAA